GAUGCUUAUCCCAAAGGUGUGAUUCCCUUAGCUGCCAUACAGAUGGCCCGUGUAGCCAAAGACAAUAAAUUUGAGGUUGUCACAAGUCACAGGACAUUUGUCUUCCGAGCUGAUAAUGAUGUUCAGAGGAGCAAAUGGUGCAGCACGUUGCAGGAGCGGGUCAAAGAACAGCUGGUUUUCGGCCGCCCAUGUUUUGGCCCCGGCAGUCACUGCCAAAAGAUCGGCUUCCUGGAGCUCAAAGGAACUAAGUCUAAGAUCUACACAGCCAUUAUUAUGGAGCAGAUCUGGUUGUACAAGAGUGAGCAG